AUGAACAUAUACGAGCGCGCCAUCGGCCUUGCUACAACCCCAGAAUAUUCCAGAUGGAUCUGUCCAUUGCUUCUGCUCGCGGAGGUUUUCCUCUGCGCACUCAUUGUUUGGAAAAUCCCGUACACAGAGAUAGACUGGUCCACAUACAUGCAACAGGUGUCACUAUUCCUCUCCGGCGAACGAGACUAUGCCCUCAUUAAGGGUUCCACUGGCCCGCUCGUCUACCCUGCCGUGCACGUCUACAUCUACUCCGUCCUUUACCGCAUCUGUGAUGAGGGUCGGGAUAUUGCUUUCGCACAAGUCGUGUUUGCGAUUCUAUAUAUUGCGACACUAGUGAUUGUGAUGUGGAGUUAUCGAUCUGCAAGGGCGCCGCCGUAUCUAUUUCCUCUGCUCGUGUUAUCGAAACGGCUUCAUAGCGUAUUCCUUCUCCGGCUGUUCAAUGAUGCGGUUGCGACAUUUUUCCUGUGGGCGGCUAUCUUGAUGCUGCAGAGAAGACAAUGGACUGCAGGUGUUGUAUUAUGGUCUAUGGGUGUAGGGGUUAAAAUGACGUUGUUGCUUAUAGCACCAGCUGUUGCAGUAACCGUGGUGCUGGGUGCUGGUAUCAUCAAGGCUACUGGCCUUGGGAUCACGGCCUUAUUACUACAGGUGCUCCUUGCCGUCCCAUUCCUUCAAGAAAACCCUAGCAGCUAUAUGUUAAGAGCGUUCGAAUUCACACGGCAAUUCCUUUUCAAGUGGACAGUGAACUGGCGGUUCGUCGGCGAAGAUACUUUUACCUCUCAAUCUUUUGCGCUUGCAUUACUAGCUGUACAUGUAUCGAUAUUGGCAUUAUUCUUCGUAUAUCGUUGGAUUGGACCAUCAAACGCCAGCUUCACACAGUUUAUCAACAACGCUGUCCAUGGAAAACUGCCACCAACUCAAAUCAGCAGCUCCUUCGUCAUUACUACCAUGCUAACCUCCUUCGCGAUAGGGCUACUCUGCGCCCGCACCUUGCACUAUCAAUUUUUCGCGUAUCUUUCAUGGGCAACGCCUUUUCUUCUCUGGAAGUCUGGAUUCCACCCGGUGCUUAUUUAUUUGCUUUGGGCCGCGCAGGAAUGGGCUUGGAACGUCUAUCCAAGCACAACGUUAAGCUCAAUCACAGUUGUCACAUGCAUUUCAAUACAGGUUCUUGGGACAUUUUGGAAUGGGUAUCGAACGCCUGUCUCAAUCAAAGAAAAAAAGAAAUAA